AUGACGGCGCAUACGCCGAUCGAUGCGGCGGGUUGGGAAAGUGUAGUCCACGCGUAUGCAUCGCUCGACGCUGUGAAGGAUGCGCUUUUUGUUAUAGAAGAAAUGCGACAAGACAUUGCCAAGCUGUGGGCUACAGUGCAAGAUGCGCUUGACAAUGCAGGCGUGCAGCUCGCGAGUGCGGUCAAGCAUGCACAGUGCCGCGUAUGCGAGGCGGUGGAAGCACACGCCGAUCCCGUGCUCGAAAAAGAGCGGCAGCGUUUGUUGGAUGUGUGGACGCCGAUCCGCCUCGAUGCAGACACCGCAGUCGCCUCGCUCCAGGACGGCCGUCUGCUCCUUGGCCUGUACAAUGCGUACUGCCAAGCACACAUGCUUAUGGACACUCUCGAAGCGGCGCUUGCCGCGCUGCGCAACGAGACAGCAAGCGAGGCGCGCGCGGCAUUUGAGGCGCAGCGCGCACAUUACGUGCCGGCCUCCCGCCAGCUUCUCGGCGUGUUGGAAUCGAGUGCUGGGCGUGCGUCUCGCGUUUGCCCCGAGAUCCGCACGUAUCUCGACAAUGUAUGGACGCGCUGGGGAAUACUCCAGCAUGCAUUAAGUGCUACAGAACUCGACAAACUGGCAGAGCACACGCAAGCGGCACCAAUCCCGACGCCGCUGCAGACGCCGCCGCGGCGCGCAGCAAGCGGCCCUUUGCGCUGGAGCAACAUGCCGCCAUUGCCGGCGAUGCCUGGCUCUGCGCCGCGCUUGCCGACAAACUUUACGCCGUCUGUCCAGCGCGAUUCUCCGCCGCGCACACCAAAAAGCACGGGCGCGCCCGCGCCCGUGCUCCGACGGCGCGGCUCGAUGCUCCCGCGGCGCUCGAUGCAUACGCCAGAGCCCGCUUUGCGCGCGGGCACCACAGAGCGUGUACGUACCCCAUCAAACGCACUGCGCCCAAGACACUCGGAGGUGCGACGCUACGCGUCGUGUGCAUCGCUCGCGUCGCUCCCACGCACGCGGCGCGCGUUUGAGGCGUACGUGCCUCAGAGACACGAUGCACUCGAUAUCGGAGUUGCACGCGUGUGCAAUGCGUACAAUGUACCUGUCGAGCGCGUUGACGGGGCACCCGGCGACGAAUGCCAUCGCUACAUCCUCUUUUCCAAGACGGUAGCAUGCCGGCUGCUAAAAAUGCACAAUCCCACGGAUGCGCGCGCAGUAGAGCCGCGCUAUGUUCACGUUCGUGUGGGCGGUGGAUGGCUGGAAUUGGAGCAGUGGGUCGGGGCCCACUAG